UACUGGAGACAACUGGUUCAAUUACAGCUAUCCCGAUGAUGACUAUUGGCUGUCUCCACGAGAUACUUCCACUGUAAUAAAUAUUAUCAGAGCAAUGUCCAUCAUAUGGUACAGCUUAACUAUAUUUUUGGGGACAAUUGGGAAUGGUUUGGUCAUCUGGAUUGCCGGCUUCAAGAUGAAGACAGUCAGUGCCGUGUGGUUCCUAAACUUGGCUUUUGCUGACUUUUUCACAUGUAUUUCUCUCCCUUUACGUAUAUCUGAGUGGGCUUUGUAUUGGGACAUUCCUUAUGAUCACUUCCUAUGUAAGGCUGGUAUAACAAUUCUCUUCAUAAACAUGUUGAGCAGUGUCUAUUUCAUGACCGUCAUCAGCAUUGAUCGACUUGUCUCCAUUUGUUGGCCAGUUUGGACCAAAUUACACAGAACGCCCAGGUUAGCCACCAUGAUAGCUGUACUGGUUUGGUUGCUGUGUCUACUUAUUAGUAUCCCUCAUCUGGUGUUUAACCAUGGGCUUGAUGAUGUCACUGAGUGUUUUCCUAAAUAUCAGAAUACUAAAGAAGCCAAACUGGCAAAAAAGAAAAAGGCAAUGUUUAUCACAAGAAAUAUUUGUAUGUUUGCAUUCCCAUUUGCCAUCAUUGUAAUAUCAUAUGGUCUGAUUUUAUUAAAGAUAAGAGUAAUUAGGAAAUCAAAUCGGUCUCACAGACCUUUCCGAGUUAUCACUGCAGUCAUAGUAUGCUUCUUCGUCUGCUGGUUUCCAUAUAACACAUGGCCAUUAAUAAAUAUAAAAUACCAGCGAAUUGAUAUUAUCCUUACAGAAAUAUUCAUCUGCUUGGCUUACUUCAGCAGCUGCAUCAACCCCUUACUCUAUGUCUUCUUUUCCCAUGAUUUCAAGAAAAACUUUCUAAAGUCCUUACCAGCCGUGUUGGAAAAGGCUUUUAAUGAACGGUCUGACCUUAAUUAUAUAGACAAUACUGGCACCACGUCUCAAAGUUUAAAUUUGGAUUCAUCACCUUUAUAAAAAAAAAAAUUUUGAUGGAGAACAUGAAAAGGCUUGCUGGAUGAUAUUCUUAAAAAAUAAGACAUUCCCAAAUGUUCUAUAUUGCUUAUUAGAGAUAUCUUACAAAGCGACAUAGUAGCGAAUUGUACGUCAGUUUCUCUGCUGUACAAAGAUUCUUACCUGACAAUACCUAUAUAUCAUACAUUAGA